AUGCAAGAGACGUACUUCCUUUCCCAUGACACACACGGUCGAGUCAAGAUAAAGUCCACCGCCCAGCAAGAGGAGGAGAAAAGAAAGGAAAGAGAGAAGAAACUCAAAAUAUACACGGCAGCGCGAGACGCCUGUUUUUCCAAGAGGAAGGAGGGAAUUUGUGAUGAUGAAGCUCUCAACUUGACCCAGCAGCUGCUAUCGUCAAACCCUGACUUUGCAACACUUUGGAAUUACAGAAGAGAGAUCCUUAUGCACCAGGAGACUGUCAAAGAUGAGAGUGAAGUACAAAAGAUGUACCAGGCCGAGCUGUCUUUUCUGGAGUCUUGCCUGAAAGUCAACCCAAAGUCAUACGGCAGCUGGCACCACAGAAGCUGGGUUUCGGAACGGGCGCCUCAAAUGGACUGGGGCCGUGAGUUGAACCUGUGUGACCGCUGCCUCAGCCUGGAUGACCGCAACUUUCACUGCUGGGAUUACCGCCGUAUCGUGGUGAAGAAAUCCACAGUCCCUGUGAAAAAGGAGUUGGAGUUCACGGAUCGUCUCAUCGGCUCCAACUUUUCCAACUACUCCAGCUGGCAUUACCGCAGUACCCUGUUACCGCUGCUUCACCCCCAGUCUCCCGAAUCCGCCCCCCCGUCAGGCUCAUUGCCACCCUCGCCGCAGAACCACUCCCAUCGCGUCUGUGGAGAGCAGCUGCUCAAAGAAUACGAGCUGGUGCAGAAUGCUUUCUUUACCGACCCCAACGAUCAGAGUGCUUGGUUCUAUUAUCGUUGGCUGCUUGGCAGAGCCGAACGUGAAGAGAUGAUAAGUUGUGUUUUCAUCAGUCGGGACGAAGAGAGCGUGGCUGUCGCCUUUUCGAGACCAGUCAAUGCGCAGUCCGGUGGCUUGCUGCUGGUGCUUGACGGUCAGCCACAACAGGUGGACUGGAGGAGUGUCCACCCACGAUUUAAGCACAGUCCUGUAUGGAUAUGCAAUCUUCCUCCUGGUUCAAUCGGCGACAUCGCUAAUGAACACAAUCUGACGGUGCAUUGGUCCGAAAAACACAUUCGUCGAGACUGCGCGCUGUACACAGGUCGAAGUGAAAGUUGGUGUCGUGACUCUGCCACUGAUCAAGAGCUCUUUAGGAGUGAGCUCUCAGUGGAGAAAAGCUCAGUGCUGCAGUCCGAGCUACAAUCAUGUAACCAGCUGCUAGAACUGGAGCCGCUCAAUAAGUGGUGCUUGCUGACCAUCAUCCUACUGAUGAGGGCGCUAGACCCCCUCGGCUAUGAGAAGGAGACGCUCACUCAUUUCCAAACUCUCAAAGAAGUGGAUUCCAUGCGCUUUGCCUAUUACAGCGACCUGUGCAGCAAGUUUAUGAUCGAAAACACCAUUUUAAAAAUGGAGUACGCUGAAGUGCGCGUCUUCAGCGUCGUCAACAAGAACCUGACCACCUUGUGCCAUUUGGACCAGCUGCUCCUAAUCACUCACAUCAAUCUGUCCUCUAACCAGCUGCGACAAAUUUCCGCUCACUUCUCCAUGCUACAGUGCCUGGAGGUUUUGGAGGCUGAUGACAACAUCAUCGAAAACUUGGAAGGAGUCUACCGCCUGCCCAAACUAGAGGAGGUUCUCUUGAAGAAUAACAACAUUUCCACGCUGGAGGCUCUCCGGCCACUCGCCUCCUGCCCUAAGCUGCGGCACCUAGAUCUCCGCGGUAACCCCGUCGCUCAGAGCUCUGACGCAGAGUCGCGGCUCGCCGAGCUCUUGCCUUCCGUGGAAUGUCUAUUGCUCUGA